CACAGAGCUCCGGGGCCAAAAAAAUAAAAAAAAGGGGGGGAAAAAAAAAAGAAAACCAAAUAAGCGGCCUCUCUCACCGUGCCCGUCCCGCGCACGUUAGCAUACCGAACGCCGUCGUGACACGUCACCGUAUCGUGCGCCGUCUCCUCGCCCCCCACCCCACCCCACUCGAGUUCCCGCGACCACCUCCCUCCUCUUCUCCACCUCCCAAUUCUCCUCCGCGAAACCCUCCCCGAUUCCGAUUCCGAUUCCCUCAUCGUCCCCCUUCUCCACGGCGCGAUUCCAUCCAUGCGUCCCCGGACGCCGCCGCGGAACGGCUCCGUGCGGAAGCGCACGGCGGCGCCGCCGCCUCCGCCGCCGCGGCGGUAUAGGUCCAUGGCGGAGGUGAUGCGCGAGGCGAAGGCGGCGCCGCCGAUCACCGGCGACUACUACGCCGACGUCCUCUGCGAGCAGUGCCGCUCCGGCGACCGCGACGAGGAGAUCCUUCUCUGCGAUCGCUGCGACCGGGGCUACCACCUCUUCUGCCUCCGCCCGAUCGUCGUUAGGGUUCCGUCCAACGCGUGGUUCUGCCCCAGCUGCGCCGAGGAGAAACCCUUCCAAAGUUUUCCACUGAUGCAGAGAAGGAUCGUAGAUUUCUUCCGGAUUCAGAAGUGCUCCGAAGCUGUCGCGGAGAUGAAAUGUGGGACCUCACAAGAUGGAAAGAAACGCAGGAAACGCUCCUUAGUUAUGUACAAGAAGAGGAGAAAAAUAUUGCCCUUUGUUCCAACUGACAAUCCGGCACAAAGACUCGAACAAAUGGGCUCCCUUGCCACUGCAUUAACAGCAUUGCAAAUGGAGUUCAGUAACGAACUAACUUACAUGCCCGGAAUGGUCCCUAGAUCUUCUAACCAGGCGAUUAUAGAAAAGGGUGGAAUGCAGGUUCUUUCAAGAGAAGAUAAAGAAACUCUCGAUCUUUGUAGAACUAUGCAUAAACGAGGAGAAUGCCCACCUCUCCGUGUUGUUUUUGAUUCACGUGAAGGUUUCACCGUACAGGCUGAUGGAAAUAUAAAGGAUAUGACACUUAUCUCUGAGUACACUGGUGAUGUAGAUUAUCUCAAAAACAGGGAACAUGAUGAUUGUGACAGUAUGAUGACUCUUCUUCUUGCAGAAAAUCCCUCUGAUAGUUUGGUUAUAUGCCCUGAUAAACGUGGAAAUAUUGCUCGUUUCAUUAAUGGCAUAAACAAUCACACUCCAGAGGGAAGGAAGAAGCAGAAUCUCAAGUGUGUCAGGUACAAUGUAGACGGUGAGUGCCGAGUAUUAUUGGUUGCUUGUCGGAAUAUUUCUAGCGGUGAAAGGUUAUAUUAUGACUACAAUGGGUAUGAGCAGGAGUACCCUACUCAACAUUUUGUCUAAUAUAUUUCAUUAUCUAGGCCAUAAAAUAUAACCUGUUGUUGCAUGUAGAAAAUUCUGGGCAUGGAAGGAUCAGUUUGCAUAGAUAAGCACCCAUUCUUUCUCAUAGCAAGAGCCCUACAAUUUUUGUUCUUAGAGCCUCAUAAUUCAAAAUUAAUGUAAUACUGAUCCAUUUUUCAAGUUUAGGAUCAGAUGAGUCGCAACAUUUAACUAGUGAUCCAUUGGCUAUUAUUUAUGCAAGUUUUGCCUUAUCAUGUUUUCAACAUUGUAUCUGAAAUUCUUUUUUUUUUUUUGAAUUAAUUGGCAUUUCUAGUCCUUUUUUCUGGUGUGUGUGUGUGUGUGUGUGAGAGAGAGAGAGAGAGAGAGAGAGAGAGAGAUUAAAUGCUCUUUAAUCAUUUGGAUGCAGAAUGUUAGGGUACAUCACUGAUAACUUGGUUAAAUUUGACUUUUUAUCUUCUUUUUCAUCACUUUUUUGAGAUCCUAACCUAACAUCAAUGGAGUAGACAAAUUCGUCAGAGAGAAGCUCGUCAGGUGUUUGAUGCGAAGUAAUCGUGCCAAGAUUUCUGGGUAAAUAAGAAUUUGUUACAAUUA